AUUUAUAGAUAUAAAUUGUGUUAAUAUAAAUAAAUAUUUAUCGUUUUAAAUAUAUAAAUUAUAUCUUCAGAAUCUGAAUGAAAAAAUUUUAAAGUAGAGAUUUCGUAAUAUUUUUCACAGAAAAAUUGUUAUCUGUGAAUUUAGAUUUAGAGCGAGUUUUCUCGUCGAUAAGAAUUCUCGAUGAAUAAUAAGUUAAGCUAGGAAUUUAAAAUUUGAUGGAAUUAUAAGUCGAAAUAUCCAUAAGACGGAUGUGAAAUCAGAUAAGAUGAGACACCUGUUUUAUAUUGCAUCAGUUUUUCCUCAAGCGAUUUUUAUUAUAUAGAUAUAAACAUUACUUUUUACAGUUUCGCAAAUUUUAUGUAAAAUGUUUAUUGAUAAAUAAAAAAAAACAAAUAAUUGUAAAUGUUGUUUAAAAUAUAUUUACGAGUAAUUUAGAUAAUAUAUAUGGCAAAUAUAUUUUUUUUAAUAACAGAUAAAUAUUCGUGAAUAAGGAAAUUUACAUUAUUAGAGUUUAAAGUGUCUGCAUUCAGUACAGUUCAAUCUGUAGUAUUUAAAAAAAAUUUAUUAUUAAUUCAUUUAUUUUUUUUAUAAUAAUAGAUGAAUUACUUUUAAAUUAUAACAUUGUAUUCACCUAUUUAAACAAAAUUUAAUUAAUAUUGACAAUGUUAACUUUCUUAUCGGAAGCGCGCACAAAUAAUUUUUGUAUUUGUCUCUAUUCCAUGAUUGUUUCAUUCUUGUGGAAGUAUUCAAUUGAUCAAAAAUUUAAUUUGCAUGUAACUCCAGAACCGGAAGAGUAUGAUUUUAUUGUCAUUGGUGCUGGUUCUGCAGGGUGUGUCGUAGCAAAUAGACUUACAGAAAUAGAAAAGUGGAAAGUUCUAUUAUUGGAAGCCGGAGAUGAAGAACCCGAGAUAACAAGUAUUCCCGGAUUCAUGACUCAACUACCAGAAUCGAAUUUAUCUUGGAAAUUUGAAGCCCAAAAUAAAAAAAUUAAUUAUUUUCCAAACGAAAAUAUUGCAUGGCCUUGUGGAAAAGUAAUGGGUGGAACAAGCGCCAUUAAUUCGAUGGUGUACGUUCGUGGUAAUCGCGAUGAUUACAAUAAAUGGGCACAAUUGGGAAACCAAGGAUGGAGUUAUGAUGAAGUAUUGCCUUAUUUUAUAAAAUCAGAGAACAAUCGUGAUCAAAAAAAAGUAGAACAAAAUCCUAAAUAUCACGGUACUAAUGGAUAUUUAUCAGUAGAGACUUUUCCCUUUAUAAGCAACGAGGGAAGAAUUGUACAAAAAGCAUUCGAAGAGAUAGGAUAUAAUUUCACGGACGUCAAUGCUGAAAAUCAAAUAGGAGUAAUGUUUCCGCAAUCAACGACAAAAAAUAAUGUUCGUCAAAGUACAAAUAGAGCUUUUAUUCGACCAAUAAGAGGAAUAAGAAAAAAUUUAUUUAUCAAAAAUAAAUCGUACGUAACAAAAAUUAUGAUCGAUUUAAAAACAAAAAAAACGAAAGGCUUGGAAUAUAUUUCCCUUAAAACAGGAGAGAGAAAAAUAGUUAUGUCAAGAAAAGAAAUAAUUGUAUCCGGAGGCACAAUUAACACACCGAAGAUAUUAAUGGUCUCUGGAAUUGGUCCCAGUGACGAGCUUCAGAAACAUAAAAUCAAUGUGAUAAAGGAUUUACCAGUAGGACGUAAUCUCCAGGAUCAUGUUUCAUUUCCUGGCAUUUCAGCUCGAAUAAAAGAGAAUAAUACCUUAGACAAUAUUAAUUGUGAAGAAAAUUUAAAAAAUUUAUUCAAUUAUUUUCUCACUAAAAAUAGUACCUUUUCUACAUUAGCACGAACAAUGUUGUCAGGUUUUGUUAAUACAAAAUAUUCUCCAAAAAAAACAAUUCCUGAUAUUCAAUUUACAUUUCGUAAUUUUACCGAGAAUCAAGUAAUCAUAAAACCGGUUUUAUUAAAUCCAAAUAGUAGAGGCUAUAUUGUUCUGAAUGAUAAAAAUCCUAUUUUCGGUUCUCCUCAAAUAUAUCAUGGAUAUUAUUCCAAUAAAUCAGAUAUCGAUACAAUGAUUGCUGGCAUUCGGAUAGCUUUCAAGAUACUCAAUGCCAAUAUAAUGAGGAGAAAUAAUUACAAAAUCGAUAAAGUGCCUUUAGCAGCUCCUUGCAAUAAAUUCCGUUACAAUCACGAUGAAUAUUGGAACUGCACUUUAAGACACCAUCCACAAACUGAAUAUCAUCCUGUGGGAACGUGUAAAAUGGGGCCAAGAGAUGAUCAUAAUGCUGUUGUUGAUUCUAGAUUAAGGGUUUAUGGUAUAAAAGGAUUGAGAGUGAUUGAUGCAUCUAUUAUGCCAACUAUUCCAAAAGGGAAUACCAAUGCGCCAACUAUUAUGAUUGCUGAAAAAGCCAGUGAUAUGAUCAAGGAAGAGUACGGUUAUAAAAAAUAAUUUUGAUAACAAUUUUUAAUAAUUUUUUUUUUUGGUAAAUGUUUACCAACAUUGUCAUAAAUAUAUCAUUUUUUUUAAAUAUUUUAAGAAGCCUUAAAAUUCCACAAUAAGCAGUAAAAUGUUAAAAAUAUAUCUGGAUAACAAAAUUAUCUUAAUGAUCAGGCUUACUUUGUUUAUUAUUUAUUAUUGUACACGGCAUGUAUUUAAAAAUUU